GUUUAAUCGCACGGACUCGCCUCUGGUUGAACGGUAGCUGCAGCUUCAUCCUCAGCAGAGAUGUGAUUUGUGGUUGUUUUCAAACAACCAGCGUGUAGAUGCAACGUGGAUACAAAUCAGAAAUGUCGGUUUCGUGACACGCGGCUGAGUUAUCGCUGCUUUUUCUCUGUUGUUUUUAUUACCAUGUGAGCUAACUGUUAGCAUCCCGCUGCUGGAGGAAGAACCGCUCGGUGCGAUGCUAACGGCAGAAGCGCAACGUUAACGUCUGUGUGUGUUCGCGGGAUAAACACGCAAAUAGAUGAAAUAGAAACAAACGUAUCUUUCUCCGCAGUCUGCAGCCGGUGACCUGACCCCUCUCACAGGAUGCCUAAUGCCAGUGCAAGGCCGAGGCACAGCAGGAGACCCAGGAGGCGCCGCAGAGAGGACCCGGCCAGGAACGAGCUGGUCUCGAGUUCCCUGGAAAGUGCCCAGCAGUGCCUGUUCAACCAGGACUAUGGAACUGCGUUUGUCCACUACCUCCUGGUCCUCAACCUCGCACCCUUGUUUAAGGACAUUGCAAAGGAGUCCUUCAGGUUCACUCUGUUCAAAUGGGCAGAGGAGCUGGACUCUGUGGGACGUAUCCAGGAACUUUUCGACUGUUACGAACAAGCACUGGAGCUUUUCCCUGCGGACGAGGUCAUCCUCAACAGCAUGGGUGAACAGCUGUUCAGGAUGGGAUUUAGAGACGAAGCUGCAGGUCACUUCCACAAAGCCUUAAAGCUGAGACCGGAUUACCCAGAAGCCCGGGAGAACUUCUACCGUGUGGCCAACUGGCUGGUGGAGCGCUGGCAUUUCCUAAUGCUCAACGACCACAGGAGGAACCAGAAAUACCAGCAAGCCAUUCAGAAGGCGGUUCAGAACGGCUGCCACACUGUGCUUGACAUAGGCACUGGCACUGGGAUCCUCGGUAUGUGUGCUAAGAAGGCCGGGGCUGCCGAGGUGUACGCCUGCGAGCUGUCGAAGACGAUGUACGAGCUGGCCUGUGAGGUGGUGACGGCCAAUGGAAUGGAAGGCAGCAUCAAGAUCCUUCACCUGAAAUCUCUGGAGAUGGAAGUACCAAAGGACAUCCCCCACAGGGUGUCCUUGGUGGUGACGGAGACAGUGGAUGCAGGGUUGUUUGGAGAGGGCAUCAUAGAGAGUCUCAUUCAUGCCUGGCACCACCUCCUGCUGCCUCCAAAGAGAGGUGAGAAUGAAUUCAGGGAACAGUCUGCGACCGGACGGGUCAUCCCUGCUGGAGCCACUGUGUUUGGUAUGGCUGUCGAGUGCAGUGAGAUCCGCCGGCAUCACAGGCAGUGUGUGUCCGAGGUGGGAGGUCUGUCCAUGGCUGCAGCCGGGCAGCUGCGGAGUCCAGUGAGCUGCAGCACUGAGCCAGACGACUCCAUGGAGCCGUACACCACAGAGAGACUGAGCCGUCUGCCAGGAGGAUACAAACCUCUCACAGAGCCUUUCACAGCCUUCAACAUCGAUUUCAAUAAUGUGCAGGACCUUGAGGGCCUGAGCUCCAGGGAGGUUCAGGAGCUCUACCUGCCCGUCAUCAAGGAGGGGGAGCUGGAUGCUCUGGCCGUGUGGUUCCAGCUCCACCUGGAUGAAGAGAGCAGUCUGUCUACUGGACCUCAGGAGGACACCUGCUGGGAACAGGCCAUCUAUCCCUUCCACAGCGCUACGGGUUUUGUCCUGAAACCCGGAGACAAGCUGGUUGUGGAGGUCUCCUGCCGAGACGCCUACCUGAGGCUCUGCAGCGUCGCGGUGCUGAGGGACGACCACGAAAUCCGACUGGACAAGCGUCACGACUCCAAGAUCUCUGGGAAUCCCGUUUCAGUCCCGAACCCAGAAGCCGAACUGUGCAGCGCAUUAGCCUGCCUUCAAACCGGCCAGGAUCCCCCUAAAGACUUCUGCAUGCUGGAAUGUGCAGAAAUGGCCCUGGUGAACAAUGAGGAUUACCACCACAAGUUUUCCACUGCGUUUGGGAAACUCAUAUCUCGGCUGAAGAUGAAAUGCCAAAGCGUUCAGUCGGGCCAGGCUGACCCAGCUCCACCCACAGACUCCAGUGACCUGCUGUACGUGCUGGACGUGUCGGAGGGCUUCUCCUUGCUCUCCUUCAUCGCUGCAAGUCACGGUCACGUGAAGGCCUACAGCUCCGUGGAGAAGAAGAAGCAACAGGAAGUGUUAAAGAGACUGGCUCACUCCAAUAACAUCCCAGAAAAGCAUCUGGAGUUCUGGCUCAACAACGUGGACGACGAGCACGGGAUGCUGAAGAGGCCGUCCAGGGAGAAGCUGUGGACUGCCAUCAUCCUGGACUGUGUGGAGACCUGUGGUCUGAUCCGACAGAAGCUGAUGGAGAAGGCGUCACUGGCCAGGUGUCUGCUGGAGGAAGGAGGACACAUCUUCCCACAGAGGAUCAAGGUGUAUGGGAUGUUGGUGGAGUCGGACAUGUUGCUGCUGGAGAGCGCCGUCCAGGGUCAGGAGCCGACACUGGGAUUCAACAUCGCUCCCUUCAUCAACCAGUUCACUGUCCCAGUCCACGUGUUCCUGGACUUUUCCACUCUGGAGUGCAGACAUCUCAGUGAGUCCGUGGAGCUCUUUGUUCUGGACCUGAUGGACUCUAAUGCAAACUACUCCAACAGGGAAGUCAAGGUCCAGGCUACAUCCUCCGGCAGAAUAACAGCAAUUCCCUUCUGGUACCAAAUCCACCUGGACCAGGAGAUCAGCAUCAGCACCCUGAGCCAGAACUCUCACUGGAAGCAGGCGGCCGCUGUGCUGCAGCAGCCCCUGCAGGUACAGGCUGGAGACUGGGUCCUUCUGGCUGUGAAGCUUCACAAGAGCACCAUCUCCAUAUCAGCACAUGUAGUCAAUGAGCAGACUCAGUAAUAACCCGGUUGUAGCUUCAUUUUAGAUUGUUGUCACAAGCUUUAUAGGGAAAUGCAUUAAAUUACUAUGCAUUCACUUCUGGGUAUUUUUUAAUACCACAAGAAGAUUUCAGUGUUUUGUUUUUUUAAAUAAAUGUAAUAUCAGUCUCUGUUCUGAGAUUGAGUAGAAACCUGCAUGACCCGAAGCUGCUCCAUCACAACCAUUAAAGUUCAGCAUUGAACGUUCAAGUCCUGUUUUUAUUUGUAAAUUGUUCCAGGUAUCAGGACAUUUAUAGUUUAUACUUAUGAAUAUACUAUUUGUAAGUAUAUAAUAUAAAUAUCAUAGUUGUCGCCUGAUUUCAGUUGAUUUUGUAAAGAUUGUUUGUGGUUAUAAAUAAAAAAAGGCAACAAUAAAUGUGGCAAUUUUCUUAAUAAAUGAAAAACAUGAGCAAACUUUAGUUAAUCUGAUUUAUUGACGAGACAGAAGAUGAAUUCAAAUUAACCUGUGAAAACAAAUUCCUCUGAUGUGAUCCUGACAGUUUUAUGACAAAAUAAGAAAUAAAUCCCAUAAGGCAAUGCAGCAUGUUUCAGCUGGACACGGACCAGACUGUCGAUAUCAUACAUUUACGUAUUUACUGACGGAUCAACCUGAUAUCCACUGUACAUCAAACAUCCCUGCACAUAUCCAUGUAAGUCACAAAAUACGCCAAGUAGAAUCAAUAGGUAAAAUCAAUGGCUUAGGUGCAAAGUUCGUUAAAAGGCUAAAAGGUGGAUGGAAAACCUCUUCACAUAUUAACAGAUGAAUGUAGUGGAUGGAUUAGUUCCAUGAGCACAUAGAACAAGCCGUAUGUCUAUGCAUUAAAGCAUUGAUAGGAAUUUAGUAGAAUGUGCUUGAUUGUACAGUUUCAUGCUGAAUAUGUAUAUUGUAUUAAUACUUGGACUGUACUCCUAGUAUCUAAUAAAACCCAUAGGAAAUGCACUGUAUUGAUACAGACACUGUCAUGGUGUCACACUGUCAGUAAGGACACGGUUUUUCCAGUAGGAAAACCUACAAAUCCCCAGUUUAUCUUUUCCCACUGAUAAAGUUAAAUCUCAACUGUGCAUCUUAAUAACUUGGUGCUUCUGCUCUUUUCACCUGUUCCCUCUGGGAUAAACAAACACACAACAGACAAACAAUGAAAACAAAAACAACAUAAAGUGUCUUAGUAAGGUGUUGAGCCACCAAAACAGCUUCCAUGUGCUUUGACACUGAUCACACUAUUUCUACUGGAGGGUGAUCGCCCUUCGUGUUAUUCUCCCGGGUCAGUUGUGUUUAUAAUCCGGUCACCGCAAAGGUCAUAGCAUAGAAGUCACAUCACUUUCGUUCACGUCAAAACAUCCAAUACCUGCUCAGCAUCUUUAUACUUUCACAAAAGCACGAUUGGAUGCAGAUACUGGAUGAUUGGAUUGGUUGUUUCUGAACUACUUAUCUUAUUUUUUCGAAUUCCUCUGUGUCUGUGGCCCUCGCAGGACUAUAAUAAACACGACCAAUCACUUCAUCUGGACCUGCACGUGCUCUCACAGCAAGUUAGUGAGUGACUCGUGGAAAAAUUAGCUUCUAGCAGUUGUGCGAUAAUGUGUUUUAGAGCUUUGACGGGUGGGGAAU